CGCCAAUUCCGACGUCAAUAUCGUGUAGCUCUAAACAAAGAGCAGGCGAAAUCCAACCCUACCCAAGAAGUGUGCCUUAUUCUCUCCUCUCCGUAACUUUUAGGAGCAUCGUGCACCGUUAUUGUGCCAUCACCACCGGUCCACCUUCGUGCGUACGAAUAAAUGGCAACAGCCGGAGGCACAAAUCCCAAUCUCGCACCCCGCUACGGCCAUCACGGGCUCGGUGGACGCGCCGGGGGAGGCCCAAGUGGUGUGCAGAAUACAUACAAUACACCUAAUGCUGGUUUCAAUACUUCUGUGAAAGCACAGCAGCGAAUCGAGGCAGAGCGGUUCGAGCGCGACCGGAAAGCGCGCGAAGAGCGUGAGAGGAUAGAACAAGCAGGCCAGGACAGUCUUGCUGAGCUGAGCGAGGAGCAACGAGAAGAGAUCGUCGAAGCUUUCAACCUGUUCGAUUUGGAUAAAGAUCAGUUCAUCGAUUACCAUGAGCUCAAGGUAGCAAUGAGAGCGCUGGGGUUCGAUCUUCCCAAACAAGAGAUCCUUUCAAUUCUCCAUACCCACGGUGUGCAGUCGACCGCUCCGAGCGCCCCGACGAAUUCUAAAGCGAAACAAGCUGCACAGCAGGCAUACCAGGCGCCACCGAGGCUGCUACUGUCCUUCCAGGCGUUUCAAACGCUAAUGGCUCAAAGAAUACUGAGUAGGGAUCCCACGGAGGAAAUCAUAAGGGCUUUUGAACUGUUUGAUGAGGGUGGAAAGGGGAAAAUUACACUACAAGACCUCCAGCGAGUUGCUAGAGAACUCGGCGAGAAUUUGCGGGAAGAUGAAAUGCAAGCCAUGAUUGAGGAGUUCGAUAUGGACGGAGACGCAGCCAUUAGCAAGGACGAGUUUAUCAACAUCUGCCUGGGAUGAGGCGGGGAGCUGUAACCAUUCAUUGGGCUGGUGGAGGCGUCGCAUUGGGAUGGACGUCAUGUUUUUGGUAUGCUGGGAAUUAUUCAUUUGCUUGAGCCCUCGGGCUGAUGGCGUUGGCGACACUGAGAUACCACUUUCACAAAGCAAUUUAAAAGUUUUCAAAGAAGUCUCAUGCACUAAUAUACUAUGCACAACUCAGGGCAUUUGACAACCA